UUUCGUAAGCACCAUUACACCCAUUCCCUUGGCUGUCUUUCACUAAAAACCAAACCCACCCCUCAUUUUCCAUUCUCUCUAUUUUCUCUCCUCUAUCUAAACUUAACUUCCAUUCCAGUAUAAGCAGAUAGGCAGAUACAUCGUAUUCACGUGGGUCUGCAUGCCCCUAACAAAACUCUCCUUCCACUAUCCAUUAAUACCAUCCCCCUCCUUACCCUAAUUUAACAUCACACAUCCAAUACAUUUCGUUUACCCACGCUCCCCCCCCUCUCUCUCUCUACACUAUCAUACUACCACUCAGCUCAAAAAAAAAAAAAAAUAUAUAUAUAUAUAUCUUUUCUUUUUAAUUUUAUAAUUUUGGUGAAAAUAGCAAGAGAGAAAGGGUUGGAAUUGGAAAUAUCUUACCGGAGAAUGGGCGACGGCAGCAUCGUGGGCCACCUGCCGGAGGAGAUUCUGUUGAACGUGUUCUCCGCCGUGUCCGACACGCGCACGCGGAACGCGUUGUCGUUGGUGUCCUGGAGCUUCUACCACUUAGAGCGCAAGACGCGCACCUCGCUCACGCUCCGCGGCAACGCGCGUGACCUUCAUCUCAUCCCGACCUCCUUCAAGCACGUCACGCACCUCGACCUCUCCUUCCUCUCGCCUUGGGGCCACGCGCUCUUUUGCUCCUCCUCCGCCACCGUCGGCCACCAGAGCCUCCUCGCGCAACACCUCCGCGCCGCGUUCCCGCGCGUCACCUCACUCGCGAUCUACGCGCGUGACCCGUACACUCUCCGCCUCCUCCUCCUCUCCGCCUGGCCGGAGCUCUCCGCCGUCAAGCUCGUCCGGUGGCACCAGCGCCCGCCGACCUCCGCUAACGAAGCCGACUUCGCCGAGCUCUUCAAGAAGUGCCGAUCGCUCGCCUCGCUCGACCUCUCCUCCUUCUACCACUGGACGGAGGACAUCCCGAAAGUGCUCGCGGCGAAUCCUAUCUCCGCCGCCACGCUCCGCCGCCUCAACCUCCUAACAACCUCCUUACCGGAGGGAUUCAAGGCUCACGAAAUCGAAUCGAUUACCGCGUCGUGCCCAAACCUGGAGCACUUUCUCGUGGUCUGCACCUUCCAUCCGAGAUAUAUAGGGUUCGUCAGUGACGACACGCUGGUUGCUAUUCCAUCCAAUUGCCCAAAGCUCUCGCUGCUUCACUUGGCCGAUACGUCGUCGUUUUUGAAUCGCAGAGAGGACGAGGGUUUCGACGGAGAAGACGCUAGCGUUAGCCGCGCUGCCCUCUUGACUUUGUUCUCUGGACUUCCUCUUUUGGAAGAGCUGGUGUUAGAUGUUUGUAAAAAUGUCAGAGAGAGUAGUUUUGCUUUGGAAGUGUUGGGUUCCAAGUGCCCUAAUUUGAGGGUUCUGAAGUUGGGACAGUUUCAAGGGAUAUGCUUGGCGUUUGGGUCUCGGCUUGACGGAAUUGCCCUUUGCCACGGGCUUCAAUCGUUGUCUGUUGGAAACUGUGCGGACCUUGAUGACAUGGGAUUGAUUGAGAUUGCCAGAGGGUGUUCGAGACUGGUUAGGUUUGAGCUUCAGGGUUGCAGGCUUGUGACGGAGCGUGGACUGAGGACCAUGGCUUGUUUGCUCGCCAGGACUCUGAUUGAUGUCAAGGUUUCUUGCUGCGUCAACCUUGACACCGCAGCGACUCUCCGAGCCUUGGAGCCAAUUAGGGAGCGGAUUGAGCGGCUCCAUGUGGAUUGUGUGUGGAAUGGGUUGAAGGAGAGUGAUGGCCUGGGACAUGGGUUUCUUAAUUUUGAUUUGAAUGGUUUGGAUGAACCGGGUGAUGGUGGUGAAUUGAUGGAUUACUUUGGGGGUGGAGAAUGUGAGAACGCAACCAAAAGGAAGAGGCAGAGAUGUGAGUAUGAAAUGGGGGUUCAUGAUUCCUUUUUGCAAAGCAAUGGCAAUGGUUUCUGUGGCAAGAGCUGGGACAAGCUGCAGUAUCUUUCUCUUUGGAUAAAAGUCGGUGAUCUGUUGACUCCAUUGCCAGUGGCAGGGUUGGAGGAUUGUCCCGUCUUGGAAGAGAUUCGAAUAAAGGUUGAAGGAGAUAGCAGGGGGCAGCCAAAACCCGCAGAGAGCGAAUUUGGUCUGAGCAUUCUGGCUUGUUAUCCUCAGCUAUUGAAGAUGCAGCUGGAUUGUGGUGAUACUAAAGGUUAUGCUCUCACGGCGCCAUCGGGGCAAAUGGAUUUGAGCCUGUGGGAGAGGUUUCUUCUGAAUGGCAUUGGCAGUUUGAGUCUCGGUGAGCUUCAUUACUGGCCACCACAGGAUGAGGAUGUGAACCAGAGGAGUGUGUCACUUCCAGCUGCUGGCUUGCUACAAGAAUGUUACACUUUGAGGAAGCUCUUCAUUCACGGGACAGCUCACGAACAUUUCAUGAAUUUUUUUCUCAAGAUACCAAACCUAAGGGAUGUACAGCUGAGGGAGGAUUAUUAUCCAGCUCCUGAAAAUGACAUGAGUACAGAGAUGAGGGUAGGUUCGUGCAGCCGCUUUGAAGAUGCACUGAAUAGGCGUCGAAUCUGUGAUUGACUUGUAAUGUUAUAGACCCUGACAAUGGAAAUUGCUUUGAUGUAGAAAAAGUUUACGUUUUGGAGUUUCUGCCGAUUAUUAACAUCUUGCUUGUCUUUUAGUUUAUUUAUUUCUGUUUCCUUUCCCUCUUUUUACACUGUAACCACGAGACUCGUGUCCAA